UGGUUACAGUCCAGUCCGUUGACAUUGCGUGAUUGGGAUGACGUUGCUGAACCAUUGGCCAGUUAUGUGGAGAAUUACGACUUGAAAAUUGUUUGUGCGGAGAUCGAAAUACCGAGUGAGUACUGUCAAUCUAAUGGGGGUCCAUUAGCAUCCAAGUACUUCCUGGCUGCGCUUAACCAAACUCAAGUAGGCCCGGCGUCCCGUGUCUGGCGGAUUCCCACAAGUGGACUGCUGUACGGAGCUCUGAUCAUUCUGGAUCCGGAAAACACGAAAGUUGACCCCGUGGACCAGGCUUUUAGUGGCGCCUUCAAAAUCGCAAUUGCUCGUGGCGAGAACAAGACCAAUAAAAAAUCUUCGGAUGAAGCCCUGCUGCUUCAAGCAUUAUAA